AUGUCCUCCGACGACGCCUACAUGUCCUUCCUGGACAAAGCCAACGCCGACCUCGACGCCGGCAAAUCCAACUCCACCGCACAAUCUUCCUCAUCCGCCGCCGGCACCCAGACCAUCCACACCGACGUCCGCGUCCCCGCCCCCCUCACUUCCAUCGACGCCUAUUACGUCUCCGAAACAGACGAGCCGUUCGAACCCGUCGCGCUGAAAUGGGACGGCGCAUCCCGGGGGAUUUGGCCUGAUGCUUCCCGCCUCUCCAGCCUGAUCUCCCCAAACAAAGACCUAUCUUCGGCAAUCGAGACCCUGUCACCCGCGUCAUUCGACCCCAGGAACCAGUACGCAUCUGCUCUCAAGGCCGUGAGGGCUGCGGUGGCGCAGGGCUCCGGGGACAGUGUGGAUGAGUCGGCGGUUGAUAUCAAGGUUUAUCGGGUUGAGGUGGGGUCGUCAAGGGUCGAGUAUUUUGUUUUGGCGCUCGAUGUUGAGAGGGGGUUGGUUUUGGGUCUGAGGGCCAAGGCUAUUGAGUCGUAG